AUGUCAGCAUCAGCAUCAUCAUUGUCAAUGUCAACUAAUACUAUUCCACCACCGGCAUUAAAUGAGAGUAGUAGUGAAUUGUAUUUAUCAUCAUCACAGGCAUUCUAUGUGGAUACCACCUCACCAUUGAAUUUUUCACAGGAGGAGCUACUCGAUUAUUCGGAACACGAACACUCUGAACAAUCGAUUCUCAACAACCUUUGGUAUAAAGAGGCAAUCUUUUACGAAGUCUAUGUAAGAGCAUUCUGCGAUGUAGAAGGCACUGGAAACGGUGGAAUCAGUGGUAUCACUGCUAAACUAGACUAUCUUCACUCGCUCGGUGUCGAUUGUAUUUGGUUAUUACCAAUCUAUCCAUCUCCUUUAAAAGAUGAUGGAUAUGAUGUAUCAGAUUAUUGUGAUAUUCAUCCAGAUUAUGGUACUUUAAAUGAUUUUAAAAUUCUUGUGAAAGCUGUUCACGAAAGAAACAUGAAGAUCAUUGCCGACUUUAUUCCCAAUCAUUGUUCCGAGCAACAUAGAUGGUUCCAAGAAGCAAGAAAAGACAGGAACUCACCAUAUCGUGAUUACUUUGUAUGGACAGACGAUCCCCAACUUUACAAAGAAGCAAGAAUUAUAUUCUUAGAUGUUGAACCAUCUAAUUGGACAUAUGAUGAAGUGGCAGGACAAUAUUAUUGGCAUAGAUUCUAUAAGGAACAACCGGAUUUAAACUUUGAUAAUCCAAAGGUACAACAGGAGAUGUUGGACAUUAUGAAAUUCUGGCUGGAUUUGGGUAUAGAUGGAUUCCGUGUGGAUGCGGUGCCGUACUUGUUCGAGCGCGACGGAACGAGCUGUGAGAAUCUGCCAGAGACUCAUAUAUUUCUCAAGAAAAUGCGACACUUUAUCGAUGAGAACUAUCCUGGUAGAAUCAUUUUGGCAGAGGCAUGUCAGAUGCCCAAAGAGGUUAGAAAGUAUUUCGGUGAGGGCGAAGGUGAUGAGUUCCACAUGGGAUUUCACUUUCCUGUGAUGCCACGUAUCUAUAUGGCUAUUAAACGAGGUGACGGACAGUGUCUGAAAGACAUCAUGGAGCAGACACCCGAUAUUCCCACAACCUGUCAAUGGGUUACCUUCUUGAGAAAUCACGAUGAACUAACAUUGGAAAUGGUAACGCCAGACGAGAGAAAAGAAAUGUGGGCACACUACGCACCCGUUCCAAGAAUGAAAAUUAACAUGGGUAUAAGAAGAAGAUUAGCACCAUUAAUGGAUAAUGAUCAAAGAAAGAUAGAGUUGGCAUAUUCUCUGUUGUUUACAUUACCUGGAUCACCUAUUAUUUAUUAUGGUGAUGAAAUUGGUAUGGGUGAUAAUAUUUGGUUGGAAGAUCGUCACGGUCGCGACGAGAUGAUCACCGGUCGCUCGGAACAACAGCUGUUGCAAGUCCCAGAGAACUCUGUACAGAACCGCCGUCAGCAAAAGACCAAUCGCCUGAUGGUAACUCAGCAAUCGUCGUUGGAAUCCGACCGCCAAUCGCAUUACCUGGUGGACAUUCUCACCGACCACCAAUGUAUAGUGGACACGGGCGGUCGUGUCAACGUCAGUCUCGAUCCCUAUUGUUUCUAUUGGUUCUCGAUGGGUGAGAUAACCACGCUGAUCGGUGAAGGUCCGAAAUCACGUGACUUACGUCGUCGUUCCAUCUACGCCCAAAUUGAUCCAUCAUCACCGACACCAACACCACACAGUAGUCGUCAUCUAUCAACCACCACUGGUACUACAACAAUCCUAGAAGAGAACUUUGAAAAUCAACAAUCUCCAAUUUCUGAACAAAGAUUUCAAAAAAAAAACAAAAUAAAUAAAUAA